AUGUCGUUAACGUCCGAUGUCACUGUCGACGCCUCCAAGUUCGACCGCAGCACCAUUGACAAGGAGACACUCGACUUCAACGACAAGCUGAUCAAGAUAUGGGCGGAUGGUCCCAGAUGGUACGAGGUGCGUGUGUAUUCGGAGACCCAUCUUGGUCAGCGUGCGCCGCAAUACUUAGACAAGAAACAGGUCGGCGCAGCAGAGUACCGGAAAAUGAGAUGGGAGGGCAAGACGCCCUUGCCCAAGCCAAUUGUGCUGCCAGAAGGCUUCAAUGGCGCCCUGCCUUCGAGAGAGGCGGGACGAGAGAUCCCGUACCGUGUGUUUAAGCCGAGCAGUGGCAAGAGUAACGGCAUUCACAUGCAUAUCCACGGCGGUGGAUGGGUUCUGAUGAGUGAAGCCUACCAAGAUCCAUAUCUCAAGUACAUGGCCGACCACUUCGACGUCACAGUCGUGUCCAUUGGAUACCGGCUUGCGCCCGAAGACCCCUGGCCAGCUGGUGCAGAGGACUGCUACGAUGCCGCCGAAUGGCUGGUCAAGAACGGCCCUGACGUCUUUGGCGGGGAGCUCAUGUUCACUGGUGGCGAGUCUGCCGGUGGCCAUCUCGCCUGUCUGGUGGCCCUGCAUCUUCUUGACAAGAUGCCGGAAUUUGCUUUCAAAGGCCUCCUGUUGCACUUUGGCUGCUUCGACAUGUCGUCCUUCCUGCCUCAUGUCCUGCACCAUGAAACCCAUCUGGUGAUUGACCACGACGUUAUGAAGUCGUACAUUGACGCCCUGUUGCCCAACACCACCGAGGAGCAGCGCCGCCACCCGUCGAUAAGCCCCUUCUGGGCGGAUCUGCGGGGCAAGAAGCUGCCGCCGGCCUUGUUCACCUGUGGAAGCGAGGAUCCGCUGCUCGACGACAGUGUUAUGAUGGGCGCCAAGUGGGCCAUGUGGGGGAAUGAGAGCGUCGUCAAGAUCUACAACGGCGCACCGCAUGGAUACAUUGGGUUUCCUCCCGGUACGAUUAAAGCAGUACAGCAGGGGCUGGACGAUACCGAAGCCUUUGUCAGGGCGAAGAGGGGGUCGUAG